AUGGCGACCACGGCCACCCCAUCCCUCCCUAUACUCACCCGAAACGGUUCCGCCAUGCCCUCCUCAUCGCCUGCCAAGUCAGAAACACAACAAUCCACACUCCCACGAGUCCGCCACCCCGCCGGCGCACCAACACCCUACCUGCUCCCCUCGUACACAGGCGAACACCUAACAAUCCCUGGAACAAAAUCAGUCUUCCGCAUCAUGUGCUCCACCGCCGAAACCGACAACACAAUGAGCGUCUUCGGCAUGGACGGCGUUCUAGCCGACCCCCCAGGCUUUCACUACCACAACCAGGCCCACGACGUCUUCAUGUGUACAAAAGGCCGCUUGAAGGUUUGGGCCGGGGACAAAUGCCGAAUUCUUUAUCCCGGUGACUUCGCAUACGUGCCACCGGGCGUGGUGCACCAACCGCAGUUAUUAGACCAGGGUCCCAAUGCAACAAUGGGUCUUGUGACACCAGGAGACUGGGUUGAUUUCUUUCGUUUUGUAGGGGAGGACUACGGAGGUGUGUUGUGCGAUGAGUUUGACAAUAGGAAUACGGGGGCAGUUUUCGGACCCAAGAUACGCGAGAUCAAAGAGCGGUUCGACGUUGUUUUUCAACCGCAGUUCCAGGGCGCAGACGUGGCCGAUUUUGAAGACGGCGAGUGCGUGUUACCAGAGGGCCAGGAACCGUAUUUCUUGAAAGCAAAUACUGGACCAUGCUUCUUGCUUGAGGGUGUGCUCUCCAGGCCGUUUAUCACGAUGAAGCAGAGUAAGGCGCCGAAAGGUAAUUUUGCGAUUACGAGUAUCGAAUCUGGGAGCGAGCUGAGCAAUUCGGUGCUGAGUAAGGGGUUUGUUUUCGAGAAGGUACAUCAGGUGUAUCAUGUUUUAGAUGGAGCGGUAUUACUUACGGUGAACGGCGAGUCGGGACAUUUGGUCAGGGCGGGUGAGACUGCGUUUAUACCGGCAGGGACGGAGGUGGCGGUAGAGUUCGUGGAUAGGUAUGUGAGGUUCUGGUCGUACGCCAAUGGCAAUGGAUUGGAGGCAUUGAUCGCAGAAGCUGGAGGCGCUUUUGAGGGGAAGAUGGUGCCUGAUGAGAUAAGAAGUGUGGAUGCGGACAAGGUGCGGGAGGUCGCGAAGCAGUUGAAGAUCAAGGUCAGAAGUGGCAAGAUCUUCACAGAUAAUCUAGCAUUCUUCAACAACUGGGAACUCUUUUGGUCUUCAGAUGAUACCCAACUGGAACAGUUAACAUCCACCGGCCCCUUCGCUGGGACACUAAGCUCAUUCACUACCGGCGUGCGUCUGCGCACUCGAUACCAAGAUCUUUUGGACCAGGCUACAUCCAUUCCGUCAGGUAUUCCGACUACGUUCUGGGCUAGUGAUUCCAAUCGCGUCAUCGAGACGGCUAAGCACUUCGCCGCAGGCUUCUUCGGCAUCGACUACAAUAGUACCAACAAAGCUACACUACAAGUCAUAUCCGAACACUCCUCGCUCGGUGCCGAUACGUUGACGCCUGGACGAACAUGUCUGGCGAACAAGAAAGACGAGAUUGAAGGUCAACGGAAAGGAUAUCGUCUGGCGGGUGAGUAUAGGGCUACCUACAUGCCCGCCAUUCGCGAACGUCUACUCAAUCAGACGGGUAUGCACUUUGAGGAUCACGAAAUCUAUGCCAUGCAAGAGAUGUGUGGUUUUGAGACAACAGUACGUGGCCGCAGCGACUGGUGCGACGUCUUCACUCGAGACGAGUUCCUCAGCUUUGAGUAUGCGCGAGACAUCCUGCAUUACUAUCGUGCAGGACCGGGCCAGAAGUAUGCAACGAGUAUGGGGUGGCUGUGGCUAAACGCGACCACGAAUUUGCUGCUUGAGGGGCCAGAGGCUGGUCCGUUGUUCUUCAGUUUUGUUCAUGAUGGCGAUAUCGCGCCUAUGAUGACCUCACUAGAUGUCAUCAACGACGACGAACACCUCCCCAUUACGCAUAUCGCCCACGACCGUAAAUGGCGAAAGUCUCAGGUAUCCCCUAUGGACGGGCGUAUCAUCUUCGAACUACUAUCUUGCAGGAACAACACUCAAUCUUCACCUGACAAGUUCGUCAGACUCAACAUCAACGAUGGUAUCACCGCUAUACCGGGUUGUGAUAGUGGCCCUGGGAGGAGUUGUCCGCUAGCAGAAUUUGCCGCGAGGACGAAGAAGAAGGGAGAAGAAGUCGAAAACUUCAAGGAGUUGUGUGGGCUGGAUGAUGGUGCUACAGAACGGAUCACUUUCUUGCAUCAAGGACGCGGACACCCCAUACAAGGGAAAAACUAA